AUGCUUCUCACUCGCUCUCUACAAGCAUCUCAUAGAGCGUGGGUGACUCCAUUCCCCCAUAAAAGGUCCUUUUCCACUAAAUCACAAUCACUAUACAAGUUCAGACUUAGGCCAAAAUUUGAUACAAGUAUAGUCAGAAAACACUGGGGUUCACAUCCAAGACAAUAUGUUGAAGUGUUUAAAUAUGAUCCUUCAUUUCAAGAAACAAUAAUUGCAGUUCAUGGUGGUGGGUGGAUUGAUUAUACUCAACAGGCAACAGAUCUAAUACAUAUUCAAAAAGGUUUAAAGUCAAAUAUCAACAUGUUCAGUUUAGAAUAUAGACUAUCCAAACCAAAACAUAGUCCGUUAGAAAUCUUUGAUUCAGAUGAUUAUUAUGUUAAGGAUCCAUAUCAUUUGAUUGAUACUCUACAAGGUCUCAAAAAUAUCCUUGAUAAUUAUAAAGUUUCGAAAAUUCAUUUAUUAGGUCAUUCAGUAGGUGGGUUUUUGGUUUUACAAAUUCAAGAUUUCCAAAGAAUUAUUCCAGAUGCUUUAGAAGAAUUAGUUAUAUGUGGUGAAAUAACGAAGGACGAGUCAAAAGUUCAAUUAGAUUUCAUUAAUAACUUUGCCCAAAAAUAUGCACCAAAGAUUGAUUUGAUCAAUGUAUUUUAUCUUGGAGGUAUUUAUGAUGUUAAAUUAUGUAUUGAAAAUGCAAAUGAAUCAAGAUGGAACUUUUGCUACAUUGAUGAUGCUUUUGUCUCUAAAACCCAUUAUCUUCAUUCUUCACCUUUAACUACAACAUCUAAAGGAUCGAUAUUAGGAUCACUGUGUGCUAGACGUGAGCAUGUGAUAAUCAAUUGCUUCCAUGAUGAAUAUAUUGGAAAUUAUUCACCUUUAAGAUUAAUGAAAUGGUUGAAUUCCCAAGGAAAGACAACCCACUUGAAGCUUGGGAGUUACAAUAGACAUUUUGGAAUGUUGAGACAUAAAGAAGUACACAAGAUCAUUGAUGAUACACUUCAUAUCAAUUAUACUGACUAA